AUGAGUGAUUCAUCAAUUGUUAACCUUUCAAAAGAAGGAGAUUCUAAUUUUUCAAGUGCAACAAUAAAUCUUUCAAAAGUUGAUGAUACAGUAAAUGUUUCAAAUGCAACUAUCAAUCUUUCAAAAGUAACUAUUGAUCCUUCAAAUCAAAUGUCUAAUCCUUCAAAUCAAGGUAUAAACCUUUCAAAGUGUACAAAAGUUGAAUUAAGAUUUAAAUGCAUGAAUUUAAAAGAUAUGGAUACCUUUUCAAAAUCAGAUCCACAAAUCUUUGUUUAUGAAAAAAAAGGUAAUAAUAAUAAUAAUAAUAAUUCAAAACCAAUUCUUAUUGGUUCAACAGAAAUGAUUAGUAAUAAUUUAAAUCCAGUUUUUAAAAAAACUGUUACAAUUGAUUACCAUUUUGAAAGAAUUCAAAAUUUAAAAUUUGAAGUUUUAGAUAUAGAUGGUGGUGGUAAAAAUGAUACUAUUGGUGACUUUUCAAUAACAUUAGGUAAUAUAAUCUCAAAACCAGGUAAAAAAGUAAUUGGUGAAAUUAAAUGUAAUGGUAAACAAACAGGUACAAUUGAAAUUAUUGCAGAAGAAAUUCAAGAAACUGGUCAAAAUAUAAUUUUAAAACUUCAAGGUAGUAAAUUAGAUAAAAAGGAUUUAUUUUCAAGUGAUCCAUUUUUUAAAAUUUUUAAAUCAUCAGCUAAUGGUAAUUUAUUAGUUUAUCAAAGUCCAGUUAUAAAGAGUAAUAUUAAUCCAAUUUAUAAUCCAAUCAUAUUUAAAUUGGAAGAGUUUAAUGGUGGAGAUAUGUUUAGAGAAUUAACAUUUGAAUUUUGGGAUUAUGAUACAAUUGGUGAUAAUGAUUUCAUUGGUUCAUUUAAAACUACAACUGAUGAGAUAUUAAAAGGACAAGUUAGGGAAUUCACAUUAAUCAAUCCAAAGAAGCUAUCAAAAUCAAGUUAUAAAAAUAGUGGUAAAAUUGUAUUCACAGAUGCAAGAUUAAUUGCACAACCAACUUUUAUUGAUUAUUUAUCGGGUGGUUGUGAAAUUAAUUUAAUGAUUGCAAUUGAUUGUACAGCUUCAAAUGGUAUGCCAAGUGAUCGUACAUCUUUACAUUACAAUACACCAACUCAUGAAAGUGAGUAUGCAAGAUCUAUCUUGGCAGUGGGUAAUGUUUUAGCCCCAUAUGAUUCCGAUGGUAAAAUUGAAUUAUUGGGUUUCGGUGCUGAAAGAUUCGGUGGUGUAACAAGCCACUGUUUCCAAUUCGGUCCAAAAGCUGAAGCUCGCGGUAUUGAAGAAGUUUUAUCAACCUAUAAUAAAGUUAUACCAACUAUUAAAUUAAGUUAUCCAACUAACUUUCAAGAGAUUAUUAAACAUGCUCAUAAAAAGUCAAUUAAAGGUGUUGAUUCUAAAAAUCAAAAAUAUACAAUUCUAUUAAUACUUACAGAUGGUGAAAUCACAGAUAUGGAAGAAACCAUUGAAGAAAUUGUAAAAGCAUCCUCCAAAGCUCCAUUAUCAAUCGUUAUCGUUGGUGUUGGUAUUGCUUCUUUUGAACUUAUGAAAAAAUUAGAUGGUGAUGAAAAUCAAUUAUCUGAUAAAAAUGGUGUUAUUGCUACUCGUGACAUUGUUCAAUUCGUACCAUUCAAAAAAUAUGAAAAUGAUCCUGAACAAUUAGCUGCUGAAACACUUUGUGAAAUACCUGAACAAUUAAUUGGUUAUAUGAAAAGUCAAAAUUAUUUCCCAAAUAUGAAAAAUUAA